UCGCAAACUAUUAUUAUUUUUUGAGUUCUUCCAAUCUUGUUCCAAAGUUCACAAUUUUAAUAAUAUAUUUAUUUACCAAGUUACCUACUUAUCAGUUCGGUUCAAAUUCUACUCUUCUGUGCUUGUUCUGAUUAAAAUGGCUUUCCAACAGGUUACCAGAAGCCUUUUGAGGCCCGCCUUUAGAACUGUAGUUAUUACCCAAAAAUGUAAUAAUUCAACAACUGGAUUAAGCUUUGGACUCAGCGAUGAGCAAAGAGAAUUGCAAGAAUUGGCAAGGAAAUUUACCAGAGAUGAGAUUAUUCCUGUGGCAGCUGAGUAUGAUAGGACUGGUAAAUAUCCGUGGGAUAUUGUUAAAAAGGCCCAUGCCCUUGGACUGAUGAAUGGAGGUGUUGAACCAGAAUAUGGUGGUUUGGGUUUGGGAAUUUUGGACAGUUGUUUAGUAGCUGAAGAAUUGGGCUACGGUUGUACUGGUAUUAUGACAGCUAUUGAAGCCAACAGUUUGGGGCAAACACCAGUUCUCAUUGCUGGCAAUCCAGAGCAAAAGAAGAAAUACCUUGGAAGGCUUAUUGCUGAACCUGUUGUUGCUGCUUAUUGUGUGACUGAACCAGGUGCUGGAUCAGAUGUUAAUGGUGUUAAAACAAAGGCAGAAAAGAAAGGUGAUGAAUGGAUCCUCAAUGGCCAAAAGAUGUGGAUCACAAAUGGUGGAGUAGCUAACUGGUAUUUUGUUUUGGCACGUACAAACCCUGACCCUAAAGCUCCUGCUAGUAAAGCUUUUACUGGUUUUAUUGUAGAGAGAGAAUGGGAAGGUGUAACGCCUGGUAGAAAGGAAAUAAAUAUGGGUCAAAGAGCAUCUGACACAAGAGGUAUUACAUUUGAGGAUGUGAGGAUACCUAAGGAAAAUGUGUUAGUUGGAGAAGGAGCUGGUUUUAAAAUUGCUAUGGGCACCUUUGAUAAAACUAGGCCUGCAGUUGCUGCUGGAGCUGUGGGCUUGGCUCAAAGGGCUCUGGACGAAGCCACCAAAUACUCGCUGGAACGUAAAACUUUCGGGGUGCCAAUCGCCCAUCACCAAGCUGUUGCUUUCAUGUUGGCUGAUAUGCAAGUGGCAGUUGAAACUGCUCGCCUGGCCAUGUUGAAGUCUGCGUGGCAGAAGGACCAAGGCGAAAGAAACAGCCUGUCCGCUGCUAUUGCUAAAUGCUACGCCGCCGACAUCGCUAACAAAUGCGCCACCGACGCUGUACAAAUAUUCGGAGGAAACGGAUUUAAUACCGAGUAUCCGGUGGAAAAAUUGAUGAGAGACGCCAAAAUUUAUCAGAUCUACGAGGGCACCUCGCAAAUUCAAAGGCUCAUCAUCUCAAGAACCAUUUUGGAUAACGCCAAACAAAAUUUAUGAACGUAUUAGACUGAAUAGGAAUUUGAAAAUCAUACUUUUGAAUCAAUUUUAAUAUACCUCAUUGAGAUCAACUGAAUUUAAAUAACGUUUUGUUGUCAUUUGUGUAUUACUACUAGAAUACAUUAUAUAUAUAUGUUGUAUUUGUAUUUUGAAAUAAACUAUUUUAUACCUAAUUAAA